AUUUGCUCACACCUUUACGUUGGUGCUGAAGAUGAGUACGCCAUUCGAGCGGAAACCAAGAUGAGCAACGUAGGAUCCCAAGUGACUUGUCGUAUUCAUAGAUGAUCGAGUCAAUUCAGUCCUAAGCUGGGGUACCUCGAAGCUGCGCACCCCUAGAAGCUGCGCGUUUCGCGUCGCUCUUAUUUAUCAACCACUUCGCUCAAUACCAUAACAACUCAAUCAAUUUAACGUCAACAUAGCUGCGUACGAGCAGAAGAUUCAAUGCGCGAUCGAUUCAUAUAACAACAACGAGUUUCCGUCCAUCCGAGCGACCGCGCGCGCGCACGUUGUCGCUGAAUCAACCCUCCGUUCACGUAUCAAUAGAAUCACAAAUCGACGUGUCGCUCACGCCUACGAACAGCGACUGACUUCGUAACAAGGGGCCUUCCUAGUUAACUAGAUACUUGAACAAGGGGCUUAAGGGUUCCCUCCUUCUCACGCUCGUGCUCGUAAGAUGGCUAGUCGAAUUCUCCAGCUUAACGGGGAUUUUCGGCCUCUUAGGAAGAAGUGGCUCACCAAAUUUAUACAAGGCCAUCCACGCAUCAGAUCUGUUAUUAGAAGGCCUAUUAAGGCAGCCCGUAUCAAUAGCACGCAUCCAGAUCUGAUCCGUAAGUUUUAUCAGUUAUUUCAAGAGGUGGUUCGGCAAUAUAACAUCUAGCUAUGUAAUACAUAGAAUAUAGAUGAACAUGGCAUUGCCCUCGGAGUCUGUGUCAAUUCAACAGUCAUCGGAGAUGCCUUACAACGCCGUGCGUACGUUAAAUCCCCUGAAGAUCGCGAAUGGGUCUCGAUUAUUGAAACUAUGUCAGGUACCGGUGGAUUUAUUCGACCCCUCGUGAUUUUCAAGGGAGCAGC